AGCGCCUAUCUCAAGACGCGACACGCACAAGGGUCCGAACCUCUUGUUUUGCCAUGGCCCGAGUGGUUCGCUGGGCGUUGCUGCCUUUGGGCGCCCUGGGCACGUGCCCCGGAUUGCAGUUCGGGACCCCGCCCCAGAACUACGCUGCAGUGCCGGAGCUGCCGACUUACGACUCCGCGCUGAAGACCCUGGACCUCAAGGCGGUGAUCACGGACCUGCAGGCAGCCUUCACCAACUCUCAGGAGUGCUGGCCUGCAGACUUCGGGCAUUAUGGGCCGCUCUUCGUCCGGCUGGCGUGGCAUUGCUCUGGCAGCUACCGCGAGACCGACGGGCACGGGGGCUGCAGCGGGGGCCGCCAGCGCUUCGAGCCCGAACGCAGCUGGGCAGACAACACGAACUUGGACAAGGCCCGCGGGCUGCUGUGGCCCAUCAAGGAGAAGUACGGGGACGGCCUCAGCUGGGGUGACCUCUUUAUCUUGGCUGGCACCACAGCCAUCAAGACCAUGGGCGGCCCAGUGACCGAGUACUGCGCUGGCCGCAUUGACUCCCCAGACGGCACAGAGAGCCUGGACUUGGGGCCCAGCCCAGAGCAGGAGAAGUACGCGCCCUGCGCGGUGAACGGCACCUGCAAGCGCCCUUUGGGGAGCACCACGGUGGGGCUUAUCUACCUGAAUCCGGAAGGUCCCGUGGCGCAGCAGCCGGAUGGGUCCUGGGCUGUAGACCCGGAUCCCGCGAAGAGUGCCAAGGACGUCCGGGACGCCUUUGGUCGCAUGGGCAUGAACGACUCCCAGACCGUGGCUCUCAUUGGCGGCGGCCACACCUUCGGCAAAUGCCACGGCGCCUGCCCCGCGGGGGCGGGACCCUCGCCGAAGGAGGAUGUGACCAACCCUUGGCCUGGCAAAUGCGGCACUGGCAAGGGAACAGAUGCCUUCACCAGCGGCAUGGAAGGGCCCUGGACCACGAAUCCUACAAGCUGGGACAAUGAGUUCUUCAACUUCCUGCUCCAAUUCUCUUGGGAGAAGCUGCAGGGCCCCGGCGGCCACUGGCAGUGGCGCGUGGCCGGCGAACCCAAGGCGGCAGGCCUCAUGAGGCUCACGAGCGAUGUGGCGCUGUUGCACGAUGACUCGUACCUCAGCAUCGUGAAGGACUUUGCUAACAGCCUGCCCGCCUUCGACGCGGCCUUUGACGAGGCCUGGUUCAAGCUGACCACCAGUGGUGGCCGUUGGUCCAGCGAGAAGAAGUGCAUCGCCCUGGACAAAAUCCCGGUCUCCAAUCCAAGGAUGCGGGCGGACGACGCUCUCUUCGCGUGAGUGUCCGCACCAGUUGGACCAGGACUGUCAGCCCUAAACCCGGCAUUUUCGAUUCAGCGCUUGCGCACUUGGUGCCGUGAAGCCCUUGCGUGUUCUGUGUGCUUGGUACAGAUCUGCAUGCGGCCCUUCAUGCACGCAGCACGCAGCAUCCAAAGCAAAAAGUAGUGGAGGUGCGGUUAAACCAACCU